AUGUCGCAAUCGGACACUAUUCCUGCUGUCAUAAGUCUUCUUUCAUCAGAUGAUGAUGCUGGACCUUCGAAGCCACAAGCUUCAAGCUCAAAGGAUAAGCCAAAGAAAAAGAUUACUCGGAAGAAGAGAGCCCCGGGAAAGAAAACAAAGAAUGCGAAAAACCUUUCCUCCAAAUCUGCUACAGGAAAAACAGACGAAAAAGCGGAGCAACUGAAGCAUAACGAUCUCGGAAAUAGUAAAACGCUGAUAAAAACGGUCCCGUUUCCUGCCUCUCCAGCUAAAAAGCCCUUGAUUGAAGAUAAAGACGGGAUUUUGAAGCAAUUUGAAGCCCUUUCCGCUGCACAAAAGAGAGAAUCACCCCUGCGAUCUGCUGUCAAAGACAUGACUGAUUUUGGCACUUCUGGAGCCUCUGUCUCAAGCACAGAGAAUGAAAACACAGAAGAAAAUGACAAACCGAGCGAAUACGCGAAAUUGUUUGCAGAUGACGACGUUCAAGAUAUUGUUUCGUCCUCGCUUUGCUCAGAUUCCGGAGAUGUAUCUGAUAUGAUGUUCGAGAGCAUAUUCAAUGAAAAAUACCCGCCGACAAAAGAGUCGCUAACAUUUCAUCCGUCUGAUCACUACACAUCCCCCGUGAGUGAUGCCAAAUCAAAGUCGUCUUCCAACCCAAUGGCUUCUAAUGUAUCCACUAUGUCUCCUCUUCCUCUUUCAAAAAAAUCAACACUGCCGGAUUCAUCUUCCACUCCUUCUAAGCCACAGAGACGACCAAUUACCAUCACAAACUCACCCGAAGGAUCUCCAAUCGGUCUAUUGUCUUCCCCAGAGAGUGACUCUACUCCAGGUUCCACCACUGCCCAGAAAAAGACUCCAGAAUCAAAGACGAGAAAAUAUGUCGAGUCCCCAAAGAAAACCGAAAAUAUACCGCUGAGAUCGGCCUUGAAGAGACCAGGAGAACAACGUAAAACCAUGACCUGUUCGAUCCCGGGUUUACCAGAAUUCUCUCUGCCAGAAACAAAGAAGAAGAGAAAAAUUUCAUUAGAUGAAUACAAAGCAAAGAAUAAAGGCACCUCGCAAAAAAAUUCCAGUAAAAAUCCAGGAACAAACUCGUUGCCCGCCAAAACAGCUGAAACCAUAGAUAAGAUGCCCAGUUUUUAUGAGACAGAUGAUGAUUUGGAGACUCCAACAUCAUCAUCAAAAACUGCCAAGAAAGAUUCUCCUCCUAAAAGUGCCAUAGACCACUUCAGGAACUACAACUCCUAUAAAAUUCCUACAGAACCCCAACCUUUUACCCCCAUUGUGCCCAAAGCUUCCGAAGUCCCAGUCGCAAAUCUAGUCGAAAAGAAAGACUUGCCAGCUCAGAUCAACGGGGAUGCGACUUCCGGAAAAGACCGACGAAGAAAAUCGAGUAGACAAGAUGAGAAAAAAGGUGAGAAAGCAACCCAAAAAGACGCUGCUAAUUUACCUGCACCACGAAGAUCUCCACGAAAGAAAGCCCAAGCAACUUCGACUUCUGCUUCUGCCAAAUCAAGUUUGAAUAAUCUUUCUUGUCUAAAACGACCGAAAAAGUCACCCGUGCAAAAGGCAAUAGACGCUUCUAUUUCGGCUCAAGGAAAUGCGGUUACACGGACUACUGACAGCGGAAAAACCGCUGAAUUAGUCGAAACAUCGCCCAUAAAAGCUAAGCCGAAUCUCAACAACGAAUCAAGUGAAAAGAUAAAUAAUGCGAAAAUCAAAAGAAGAAGCAAAGGAGCAUCCAGGAGUCUUGAUAUGAGUGAAGAUUCAGUUUCUCUCAAAUCCCCAAGAGCCGCAAAUAAUGAUGAUCAAGAGGAUCCCCCUAAAAAGAAAAGCCGCCCAAGAGUAGAGCUACAAACAGCAGCUUAUAGACAAAGCCACCCAACUCCAGUAGUGGAUCUUUUGAGCAGCCCAAAAAAAGAUGUGGUCAUUCCACCGAAGACUACCUCUGCAUCUUCUGCCGAAUCAAAGUCUUCUCCACCAAAAGCACAAGCGGAUAAGAUUGCAGAUAAUGCGAACGAAAAGUCUAUGUCUGCCUCGACUUCUUCAAAUCAGGAAGUGAUCAAAUCUAAUAAGCGUCCAAAGCUCAUCUUAUCGACUUCACCAGAGGGUGAAUUAGUUUCAAGAGUCAACAUUGUCUUCGUCGGAACCAUCUUUGACUCCAAAAGAGGUGUUCUUCAAAAGUCUUCCGAGAAAGAAGCGAAAAAUAAAAACCCUGACGAACCAAUUUUCACCUCUGUUCUUGAUGAGCUUGAGGAAGAUGACGUCGAGUCGGCGCCGAUAGACUUUGGAUCAAGCCUAUCCAAAGAGCCGCAGAUACAGGUCAAAGCAUCCGAAGUACCAAUAGCAACAGUACAGUCGCAAAGCCCUUCUUCACAAAAUAAGCCACCAGCAACUCCCACACUAGUGACACCAGCAGGGCCAAGGACACAGGCGGAAAAAGUGAAGGAAAAGCCAAUCAAUUUGAGAGUUCAGCAAAUUGCAGAAGAAGAGGAGGAGUAUAAAGAGCCAGACUCAAUCGAUGACGAUCUGCCUUUGGAAGUCUUUGUGGAGAAAAGAGAUAACAAAGAACAAGCGAAGAAGAAAUUGUCGGUGCCAGGAGAAAAUAAACAGAGAAAGAAAAAUACCCAGUCGGACGAUAAAGAGAACCGGGGUAUUAAGAAAACGAACGCUAGUAAAGUUGUUGUGGAAAACAACGUGAGUAAAUCGAAUGAAAAGUCAAAAAAUCUGUCAGCGAAAACUCCAGCGACAAAGACCUCGGUAGCGAAAACGCUACCAUCAAAACCUAAAAAACAAAAGUCAGAUGGAGAAAAUAAGACGAGAAAGAAAGAAAAGCGACGGUCCACUACAACUCCGAAGAAUGGACUAGCAAAGACUCCUCAAAAGAGUGCUCCUUCUGGAAGACCGCAAACGGAAGUUGUAAAUGCAGGGACUAUAUUAGACUCAGACGAGGAGAGAGAACUAGAAGAAUCUAAAAGGAUGACGGAAAUGUUUAUAAAAAUUAAGCAAGAGAAGGGUUUGAGCUUCUCACAGGAUAUCGAGCGAACUCGGGCGGCAAUCGGAGAAUCCUCAUCGAAUCAAGGAGGACCUACAUCAGAUCCAGCUGCUUCUAAUUCUGAUACUUCUGGUUUCAAGCCAGAUCCAUCAAAUUCUGGGGAUGAUAAAGCCUUUAAAGAACUACAACAAAAAGUUGACGAUUUCGGAGGAAAGUUUGACGCAAGAAGUGAAAGUGAAACGCCGGGCUUCCUCCCGAUGUUUCAAAAGGGGGACAUUCCUGCUUGCAAAAGCACGAAAAAGGACAAGAAAUACUUUGAUGAUCUGGUUGCUAAUCCACAACUUCUCCCGGAACACAAGGCAACUGAGAGCUUCUAUAAGGGUGAAGAUUACUCAAUAGAAAUGCCGAAUGAGAAGCAUGAUCCGGUGCUACGAGCAAAGCUGCAGAAAGAAUUCGACGUGGUCGAAGUUGAGCGGAAUAAGCGGAAAGAGAAGUUUGGCUAUUACGAGGAUCGUAACUUCCAACCAGGAUCCGCAGAUGAAAAAGAAAUGAAAAAAGCUAGAGAUGCUUUCAUUGAAAUCGACCAAAAAUACGCUUCACUUGAUGCUGAACUCAAUGGGCCACCAGUGAUCAAGGAUUUACAGCUGGAGGCAUGCAAAGAAACAGACGAUAAUUUGUUCAUGAUGCGAAAAACGGUUCCCUUCAUGGCUCCGUACAGAUAUGACAACAACGAGGUGAAGAAGGCACACUAUCAGCAGUGGCGCAAAGAUGAGAGCGGCAAGUAUAAACCGCGUAAAAUGGAAAUCGAACGAGAUUCGAAACUAUGGGAGCCGGCCAAAUCCAUCGCUGCUGGCAGACGUCAUUGCCAAAGAGGAAACGAGAUCGAGGAUGGGCAUACGAAUUUGAUGACUUCAUCAUACUCCACGAUUAACAGCAAAAUCAGUCAGCUAAUUAGCUGGAAGAAAAACGACCUGAAGGAAAAAUUCGACCAGAUGUUUCCAGAGCCAUCAUAUGAUCCAGGGGUUUUGCUGAGGAGUGCGUCAAAGCCAGUUGAAAACCCCUUGCCACCAGCUACAAACGAGGGAGCUGAGAAGAAAAAAGAUGACAUCAAAGACGAAGAUCCGCCAGGAUUUUCAAGUGACGAAGACGACAAGCCCGAUGACAAUAAAAUACGAGCGAAAGUUACAUUCAACAAUCCUCAAACUCCUCAAACUUCGCGGGUUACCGUGGAUAUGAGCAUUUCUCCUCUUUCUCCAGCAAUAGUCCCACCAGUAAGAAAAGAGUCCCGUUCGAAAUCUCUCGGCUCUGUCAACAUCACUCGUGAAGUAAAUCUUGAAAAAGACCCGGAAAGAAGAAAGAGCUUUUCGGUAGACUCUGCAAGAAACGUAAACUUCACUCAGAGGCCAGGAGAGGUAAAAAUUACCUUCACAAAUGCAGAUGAUAAGCCAUCCUCCUCCACUUUGGAAUGUGAAGAUCUGGUCGUAGUCGAUAAUCUGCAUAAACAUCGACAAGUCACAGUUUCAAAAAAGACCUUUGUCAAAGGCGCCGAUCUGUCGAUCAAAAAAUAA